AUGAUGUCCAAAACAGCCACCAUUGAUACUUCAAAUGACAAAGAUGUCAACAAUUACGUCAAAGAUGUGUUCAAAGAGCUCACCAAAAAGAAAACUCGCUGCCUCCUUACAGCUUUCUACGAUUGGUUGCAAAAAGACCCAACCAGGCAAUGUGAAGGCACUCCUCUCAUUGAAUUGGAUGCUUCUUUUCAACGCAAAAGAGCAAAACAAAACGUCCUUGUUUUUAACGACAAGUAUUCUGCAUUGCUUUUACGGAUUUUCAAGAAGUAUAGAAUGUACAAAGAUGAACUACUAAAGGUGUUUGCAAAUAUUAGGGACUUGAAUGUCAGUAUUGACGGGAUAUACACCUUUGGUCCAGUGCUUUCUAAAAGAGACAACACUCUUUUGAAGCAUGCUUUUACCGUCAUCUGCAAAACGCAUGCACAUGUUAAGGUUUUGCAACCAAUUAAAAAGACCAAUGCAAAGAAGAAGAAAGGAAAAGCGCACGAGCAUGAGGAAAACGUUUCAUGUGAGGAGCCAUCCAUUUUUGAUGACGAUAUUGGAUUAAGGAGUGAAAUUUUCAGGGAUGCAGAGCAACCAGAGGAAAACGAGAACUCUCAGGAAGAGAUUCAAAAUAAAAAUGUGAACCUGGUGUGUGGUAUCUCUGUCCCAUUGAGUAACACUAGUGACAGGAAGCAUACCAUUUCUAAAUCCUUGAUUGAAGAUUUAGAAAGCACACUAAGUAACUUGAGUAUUUCGGUUGAAAUCAAAAACUGUAAGAAGUAA